CUUGGGGCGUCGGGGAGUGCGCGAGGCGGCCCGGGUUGUGUGCAGUAGCGGAGACAAAGCGGUGGCUGAGGUGGCUGUGGCGGCUGCGGCAACGGCGGCAGAGCAGCCCUAAACGCCGAAUUCCGUGGUGCUGAGUCCUGUCAUCAUCUCAUCCAGCGCGGCGCGUGGGCGGCUGGUCUCGCGGCGGCGGCGGCAGCGGCGGAGGCAGCACAUGGUUCCAAGAGCGCGCUGCGGUUGUUGGGUUCCAAUUCCGUGGGGAGGGACAAAGGCAGCUUUGAGCACCGGGCAACGCCCGGUCGGGUUGUGCGCGCUCCACUCAGCCCUCGAUCCGAGCCUUGAAAGCUGGGACUAACUCCUUUCAGUGAGGAGGCGGCGGCCUCGGAACCGAGGCCCAGGAAGGGCCUGAGAGCCGGAGGCCUCUGUCUGAGGGAAGUGGGGGAGGGGCGCUGCCCGCCUCAGGUGAUUUGGGCGGGUCAAUUCUGAAGCAUUUUUGUGGGUCAGUGUGAGGUAAUUUGACCCACUACCCUGAGGAGAUUGGGACGGGAGCACACACUAGGUUGGGUCUGGGCUUUGGAAACAGAAAUCAUCUUCAGCGCUUACGGGACCUUUCAGUUGGGAGGUGGUGAAGCCGGAACUAACGCCAUAUGCACUCCAUCGACUUAAUGGCCGCCAGCCUGGGGCCUAUUUAAGAACCCUGGGAUCAUUGGUGGUGAAGAAAUGGGUGACUGUCCAGUUUUAUGACAGAAGUUGGUAAAUUUCCGGAUUGGUAAAUUUUCUGAUCGGAAAUUCAGAGGAACACAAAAACUUGAAGAACGUGAAGAUGGAGCAGUAAUAAAACCUCCAACUCCAAUACCAUCUACUCCAAGGCCAUCUACAUUCAACUCCUUGAACUAUCGCAACUGAAUGCUAAAGCUCUUUAAGACUACAGAUUUAUAAGUUUUUUCCAGAAUAUUACAUCACAGUCAUCAAGAAGAUAAAAAACUUAAAAGCGAAAUCAAUUGUAGUGGUAGACAUCCUUAGAAUAUAUUUUGGAUAGAUACUAGGUAACCUUGUUUUAACAGUAAGGAGCACAGACUUACCAAACCUUUACUAGAAGGAAUCCUGCAAAAUCUAUUCCAUUGUAAGGUUAUAUUUCCCAGUUAGUGGGUGAAGGACUGGAGACCUCACUGCACUCAUGGCUUUCACAAAUUACAGCAGUCUGAAUCGAGCUCAGCUAACCUUUGAAUAUCUGCAUACAAAUUCAGAUGCGGAUGCCACCAGAAUAGAUAUUUACGCAGAAAGGCGAGAGGACCUUCGAGGAGGAUUUAUGCUUUGCUUUUUGGAUGAUGGAGCAGGAAUGGAUCCAAGUGACGCUGCCAGUGUGAUCCAGUUUGGGAAGUCGGCCAAACGAACACCUGAGUCCACCCAGAUUGGGCAAUAUGGGAAUGGGUUAAAAUCGGGCUCAAUGCGCAUUGGGAAGGAUUUUAUACUCUUCACCAAGAAGGAAGACACCAUGACCUGCCUCUUUUUGUCUCGGACCUUUCAUGAGGAGGAAGGCAUUGAUGAAGUGAUAGUCCCAUUGCCCACCUGGAAUGCUCGGACCCGGGAACCUGUCACAGACAACGUGGAGAAGUUUGCCAUUGAGACAGAACUCAUCUACAAGUAUUCUCCCUUCCGCAAUGAAGAGGAAGUUAUGACUCAGUUCAUGAAGAUUCCUGGAGACAGUGGAACACUGGUGAUCAUCUUCAAUCUCAAACUCAUGGAUAAUGGAGAGCCAGAGCUAGACAUAAUCUCAAAUCCAAGAGAUAUCCAGAUGGCAGAGACUUCCCCAGAGGGCACGAAGCCAGAGCGGCGCUCCUUCCGUGCCUAUGCUGCCGUGCUUUAUAUUGAUCCCCGGAUGCGGAUCUUCAUCCAUGGGCACAAGGUGCAGACCAAGAGGCUCUCCUGCUGCCUAUAUAAGCCCAGGAUGUACAAGUACACAUCAAGCCGUUUCAAGACUCGUGCAGAGCAGGAGGUGAAGAAAGCUGAGCAUGUAGCACGGAUUGCUGAGGAGAAGGCACGGGAGGCAGAGAGCAAAGCUCGGACCUUAGAAGUUCGCCUAGGUGGAGACCUCACACGGGACUCCAGGGUGAUGUUGCGUCAGGUCCAGAACACAGCCAUUACCCUGCGCAGAGAAGCUGAUGUCAAGAAGCGGAUCAAGGAGGCCAAGCAGCGAGCACUUAAAGAACCUAAAGAACUGAAUUUUGUUUUUGGGGUCAACAUUGAGCACCGGGACCUGGAUGGCAUGUUCAUCUAUAACUGUAGCCGCCUGAUCAAGAUGUAUGAAAAAGUGGGCCCACAGCUGGAAGGGGGCAUGGCAUGCGGUGGGGUUGUUGGGGUUGUUGAUGUGCCUUACCUGGUCCUGGAACCUACACACAACAAGCAGGACUUUGCUGAUGCUAAGGAGUACCGACACCUGCUGCGGGCGAUGGGGGAGCACCUGGCACAGUAUUGGAAGGACAUUGCCAUUGCCCAGAGGGGAAUCAUCAAGUUCUGGGAUGAGUUUGGCUACCUCUCUGCCAACUGGAACCAGCCCCCAUCCAGCGAGCUACGUUAUAAGCGCCGGAGAGCUAUGGAAAUCCCAACCACCAUCCAGUGUGAUUUGUGUCUGAAGUGGCGAACCCUCCCCUUCCAGCUGAGUUCUGUGGAAAAAGAUUACCCUGACACCUGGGUUUGCUCCAUGAACCCUGAUCCUGAGCAGGACCGAUGUGAGGCUUCUGAACAGAAGCAGAAGGUUCCCCUGGGGACAUUCAGAAAGGACCUGAAGACACAAGAAGAGAAGCAGAAGCAGCUGACAGAGAAAAUUCGCCAGCAGCAGGAAAAACUAGAAGCCCUGCAGAAAACCACACCUAUCCGGUCCCAAGCUGACCUGAAGAAAUUGCCUUUGGAAGUGACCACCAGACCUUCCACUGAGGAACCUGCACGUAGACCUCAGCGACCUCGGUCACCUCCUUUACCUGCUGUGAUCAAGAAUGCCCCCAGCAGACCCCCUUCCCUGCAAGCUCCCAGGCCAGCCAGCCAGCCCCGAAAGGCUCCUGUCAUCAGCAGUACCCCAAAGCCUCCUUCCCUGGCAGCUCGGGAGGAGGCCAGUACAUCCAGGCUGCUGCAGCCACCCGAGCCACCCCGAAAGCCUGCUAGCACACUGGUUAAGACUGCGCCCCGGCCUACACCUGUGGUGCAGCCACUGUCACCAUCUCUGCUACCCAACUCCAAGAGCCCUCGGGAGGUCCCAGCUCCCAGAGCCAUCAAGACUCCAGUGGUCAAGAAGCCAGAGCCACCCAAUAAACUGUCCCCAACCACUCCUGGUCGGAAGCGGACUCUUGGGGUCUCUGAUGAAGAAGAAGCUGAGGAGGAGGCUGAGAGGAGGAAGGAGAGGUCUAAGCGGGGCAAGUUUGCUGUGAAGGAGGAAAAGAAGGACUUGAAUGAGCUCUCAGACAGUGCUGGGGAAGAGGACCCAGCUGAUCUUAAGAGGGCUCAGAAAGAUAAAGGGUUGCACGUGGAGGUGCGUGUGAACAGGGAGUGGUACACAGGCCGCGUCACAGCUGUGGAGGUGGGCAAACAUGUGGUGCGGUGGAAGGUGAAAUUUGACUACGUGCCCACAGACACCACUCCAAGAGACCGCUGGGUAGAGAAAGGCAGUGAGGAUGUGCGGCUGAUGAAGCCCCCUUCUCCGGAGUACCAGAGCCCCGACACGCAGCAGGAGGGCGGGGAGGAGGAGGAGGAGGAGGAGGAGGAGGAGGAGGCGGAGGAGGCGGCGGCGGUGGCCCAGCAGGCUGUAGCCAUGGCAGAGCCCUCUACUUCUGACUGCAUCCGCAUAGAGCCUGACACCACUGCCCCGAGCACCAACCAUGAGACUAUUGACCUGCUUGUCCAGAUCCUUCGGAAUUGUUUACGGUACUUUCUGCCUCCAAGUUUCCCCAUCUCCAAGAAGGAACUUAGUGCUAUGAAUUCAGAUGAGCUAAUAUCAUUUCCUCUGAAAGAGUACUUCAAACAGUAUGAAGUGGGACUCCAGAAUCUGUGCCAUUCCUACCAGAGCCGUGCCGACUCACGGGCCAAGGCUUCCGAGGAGAGCCUGCGCACUUCUGAGAGAAAGCUCCGAGAGACAGAGGAGAAGCUGCAGAAGCUGAGGACCAACAUCGUGGCGCUCCUGCAAAAGGUGCAGGAGGAAUCUGUGGUUCCAACCCUGGCUGCACAGCAUCCUGACCAGAAGGGCUGGAGGUGGUGCGGCUGCCUGGGCCUCAUCCCAGCCAGACCCACGGACAUAGACAUCAACACAGAUGAUGAGCUGGAUGCCUACAUCGAGGACCUGAUCACCAAGGGGGACUAAGGGGCUCAGAGACAAAGAUCAGCUCUUCUGCCCUUCAAGGCAGAGUUCGGGGGGGGGGGGGUUGUUUUGUUCAUGGGUUGGUGGACUUACCUUGAUUUGACUCAUGAGACAUUUGUGCUUUUGGAGGGAAAAAUACUCUGAUUCUUUGAAUCUUCCUCCCUAAGUUUAUAAAUAUUUAUUUUUUAAAAGAAAUAAGAUGCUGCGCCUGCUAUGAGACCAUACAUUUUUCUUUUGGUGACUCUUGGGCAAAGGACAGAGAACCAGGAUGCCAAGCUCCUUCUCUUGGCUCCUGGCUCCUCAUACAGUAAACCCAGUGUCAUCCAUAAGUCAGGCUUCAGGGGCAGGGCUUAAGCUAUUCUAGAGGAUGAACAGUGUUGAUAUCUGAGGAGUGGGCAAGGGAAAGAGCCCUCCAGAGUUGUGCUUCUCCUAGGGGCUCUGAUCUGGGGGACCCCUGGGGGUAGGGGGUCAGGAUAGAGGCUCACUGCUGAGCAGCUCCCUUCUCAGGUCAGGGACAUGAAUGUUGGCCCAAGCAGCUGUCAGUCAUGCUGUGGCAUUGUCCCAACAGCUUGGGGAAGAAAGAUCCUCCCAUUCAACCCCCCCCAUCCACCAUUCAAGUUCUCCCUGUGGCAGUGAUUUCCUUAGUUAACCAUGGAUAGUGAGGUUUCCCACCUCAAAAACUUGAGUCCAGGUUGAGUAGUAGAUCUGACUCUAUUGGAAUACACACUGAAUGAAUGUUUGAAUUCCAAAGGAUUCUUUUUGAGAAAGCUCCUUAUGACAGAGCCCCUGGUGCUGAUCUGGUGGUGACCUCUGCCUGUGGGUUUGGCAGGGUCUGGAGGGAGCACACUGCCUCAGAUGGUGCUGGCUGAUCUGGAGAGCCUGCCGCUGCUGUUUUUACUGUUCACCCUCUGCCUGGCCUCACCGGUCCCUGCUCUGGGCCAGACAGGAGAGGGGUCACUGAGCCACAGGGACUCCAGAGGCAGCUUUGUAGGAAGCACACCAUGCCUUCCCUCCCAUCUAAUCACAGCCUCAUGCAGCUGUGUCCUUCAGGUGACUUCUCAGGGUCAAAGACAUGGCAAGAGUUGCUGAGUUUCUCUUUAGUGGUCAUUGGAAAAAUUCUGGUUUGAUUUCCCCCAACUCUCUUCUCUCUCCUCUACUGUUGGGGACUUUGGGUUUUCUAGAUGCACAAGAACUAUGGCCUGGUACCACUGGUCUGUGAUUCAAACCUUUCUGGGUGUGUUUCUGGCAUCUACCUACUCCGGGUCAACAGUGGCCCACAUGCCACUUUGUGGCCUCUGCACAAGACUGGGAGGCACUGGUGAGGGAAGUCUUUACCCACUUGUGCAUGUGUCCAGAAGCACCUGCAAUUUGUGGGUUUGGGGCUUCCCCAAACCACAUCCCUGGGGCAGGGUUAUUUGGGGAAAUACCACUCAGAACCUGGUCUCUUCCUCUGGAAGAUUCUCUGAGCCUUGGGGUUUCUUGAGCUGGUGAGUCCUCUCCUGUCCACCUCGCUCUCUCCAUCCCAGGCAGCAUGUGGUUCAUUUUUGUCCCCAGACCUACUGUUUUAAUCUAAAGGAAGUUGGUUCUCCAUUUUUACCAGGGGUAAUACCCAAGUUUUUUAUUUACACACCUGUAAUCAAAAUGCAAUACUAUAAAACUUUUACUGGUGA